ACGCUCCAUAGGAUUGUUCUUGGUCUCGAUUUUUCAAUGAUUGAGAUAUGUCUCUCUGAAAAUCCGGGGUGCAUCAACGUUGUCGACUCAACGGGUCGAACAGCUUUGUCGUGGGCGGCUCAGCGUGGCAUGACAGAAGUCACCAAUCAGCUGCUGAUAUCUGGAGCAGAUCCAAACAUAUGCACGUCAAACGGCCACAGUCCUCUCCAGUACGCAGCGAGCGCACGAAACCCGGGUUGUAUACAGCCGCUCCUCGACUACGGUGCCACAAUCGAUCAGACUGACGUGGAAGGGCAGACGCCCUUGCACUACGCUACAGUGCAUCAAAACGACUUGGCAUACUAUAGGCCACUCAUUGAAGCCGGUGCUGAUGUAAAUUGGAGGACCAAUUGGCACGCGACACCUUUG